AUGGCAGAGUACCAGACUGAUCAAAAUUAUGUUCAGUCUCAACACCCAUUACCACUUCUGACACCUGCCAACACUUGGUGCACUAGGAACAUUCAUAACCACUCCAUAUACCCUUCUCCAGUCCCGACACUUACACCCUCCUCCAGUCCCGACACACCCACCUCCAGUCCCGACACUUACGCCCUCCUUCAGUCCCGACACUUACGCCCUCCUUCAGUCCCGACACUUACGUCCUCCUUCAGUCCCAACACUUACACCCUCCUCCAGUCCCAACACUUACACCCUCCUCCAGUCCCGACACUUAUACCCACCUCCAGUCCCGACACUUAUACCCACCUCCAGUCCCGACACUUAUACCCACCUCCAGUCCCGACACUUACACCCUCCUCCAGUCCCAACACACCCACCUCCAGUCCCGACACUUACGCCCUCCUUCAGUCCCGACACUUACGCCCUCCUUCAGUCCCGACACUUACGCCCUCCUUCAGUCCCGACACUUACGCCCUCCUUCAGUCCCGACACUUACGUCCUCCUUCAGUCCCAACACUUACACCCUCCUCCAGUCCCAACACUUACACCCUCCUCCAGUCCCGACACUUAUACCCACCUCCAGUCCCGACACUUAUACCCACCUCCAGUCCCGACACUUAUACCCACCUCCAGUCCCGACACUUACACCCACUUCCAGUCCCGACACACCCACCUCCGUUCCAGACACUUACACUCACUUCCAGUCCCGGCACACCCACCUCCAGUCCUGACACUUACACCCUUCUCUAG